AUGCAGCCAGGUGGCGAUGGUAUUUCUCAUGCAACUAGCGUGAUUCGAAUUCUAGGUCACGAAUACUUACGUGACCUCGUUGUCGCUCGGCUUUUCUAUAUCUUCUAUUUUGCUUCAUUUGGUUCUUUGUUUCCUCUGCUGGCAAUUUAUUUUAAACAGCUGGGAAUGAAUGCUUUUCAAGCGGGUUUUUUACUUGGUGCACGACCUUUAGUGGAGUUCGCUGCACGUCCGUUUUGGAGCAGUUUUGCCAGUAAAUUUAGGAAAGGAAAACUUUUGCUGGAAUUUUCACUGGCAUCCUUCAUUGUAUCAACGUUAGCUAUUGGAUUUGUUCAACCGUUAACGCCGUACUGUGUAGUAAAACCAGUAAAUGCCACCACAUGUUUUUAUUUAGAAUCUGCUGGACAAAUAGUUCGUGGCGGUGCACUGGGUUAUCUUAGAGAAGCAACCGGAAUUGGUCGUAAAAAAAGGGAAACUUCUCCUAUUCUCGAGAGAAUUAUUGAUCUGAGUUCUUACAAUAAAGAUGAAGUUGUCCCAGGCCUUGCACCACUUUCUUUGACCAGAGAUAAGGUCUGUAAUUACGAUGAAAAUUUGUCUGGUGUUUUGGUCAGUCCUCCACACAGUACACGAGUUUAUCGAAAACCAGCCGUGGAGCAGGUAUUUCUCCUUCUGCUUCUACUUGUUACACUUGGCGAAUUUUUCAGCUCUCCUGGACUUGCUUUAGCUGAUAGCGUAACUUUAACUUUCGUUUCUGAUAACCCAAAAAAGUUUGGAACUAUUCGGCUUCUCGGAAGUUUCGGCUGGGGUUUGGCAAUGUUCAUUAUGGGAAUUGGGUUAGACUAUUCGGAAACAUUUCGGAAUCACCCAUGUCCAACAAAGAACACGACGGAAAAAAAUUAUAUCCUAUGCUUUGCUGCUUGUUCGUUAUUCAUGCUUGCUGCAAUGCUUGUUGCCACGCAAUUUCGCUUUGGAAAUGAGCAACGACCAGAUGAAGCCGCUUGUUCGGUUAUUGAGACUAGAAUUGAUGAAAUCUCACCAGCAGUAGCUGAGAAAGCCCGUGGAAGGCAGUUGCAACUUGAACAUUCGGAAAACGACUCUUUGUGGAUUCCUACCAUUAAAGCAUUGCUCCAAGGUCAUGCAGCACUGUAUUUAUCAGCAGUUACCACAAUUGGCUUUGGUGCCGGAAUCAUUUUUGCAUUUCUCUUCUGGCAUUUACAGGACAUCGGUGGGUCACCAAUUUUGUUUGGUGUUGCAUCAGUUGUUAAUCAUGGAGCGGAAAUCGCUGCUCAUUUUUACUGUUUCCAACUAAUCAAUAAAUUUGGCCACAUAAAACUAAUAAAUAUUUGCCUGGCAGCUAAUAUCAUCCGUUUCUUUAUCAUUAGCUUACUUACAAAUCCUUGGAUGGUACUGCCACUGCAGGCACUACAAGGUCUAACCUUAGCAGCAACAUGGGCAUCAGCAUCAUCUUACAUUUCCUUGAUAGCUCCACCACAACUCAAGACGAGAGCACAGACCUUUCUGAUGCUUCUGUAUCACGGCAUUGGAAAGGGACUCGGAAGUAUUGUAGGUGGUUUCAUCAUCAAGUCAGCAGGAACGCGAUUAACGUUUCAAAUUUAUUCAGCAAUAGUGAUUCUUAUACUGGCAAUACACUACGGAAUGAACAGGGUUUUCAAAUAUGAUAAUGUCAAGUACAGUCAUGAUUUCGAAGACGAUGAUGAUAUGCCCGUUGCUCCUCAAGGAAUACCUUUGCAUCAUGGUGAAAGUAAACUGACCGAUGCAUUCAAUCAAACUGCUGUAUUAAAUUCAAAUUAUGGCACAAUCGCAACCGAAGACCCAACUCAAGAAGCGUACGAUCGUUAUGUCAAGUCACCAUAUGAAUAA